CUGCUGGACCCCGGUCAGAGAGCCCUCUACCGGGACGUCAUGCAGGAGAACUAUGAGACGGUGACUUUGCUGGGUAAAGGAUUCCUGUUUCAUCACCUAUUAGAAGCCAUGGGGUCUGCCUCUCUGGAUCUGGUCAGGUUCUUCCCUGGUCAGUUGUAUUAGGGGAGGAGGGUCGCAUAGUGCACAGCUCCAGUGUGAGAGAGACUUGCAUCUCCAUACGCCAUUCAAGGGAACAAGGGAGUCAGAAAUGUAAUGGAUAUGCUAAUUCACCCCAUCUCUCCAGCUGUCAAGUCACAAUGAAGAGAAACCCUAGAAAUGCCUUGACUGUGGGAAAAGAUUCUGUUUCAGUGCAAACCUUCUUACACAUUGGAGAACCCACACAGGAGAGAAGUCCUAUAAAUGCUUAGACUGUGGGAAAAGCUUAAGUGAGAAGUUAAACUUUAUUAAGCACCCAAGACUGCACACAGGAGAGAAACCCUAUAAAUACCUUGAGUGUGGAAUAAGUUUAAGCAAAUUUCAUCCCUUAUUCAACAUGGACGAAUCCACAUGGGAGAGAGACCCUAUAAAUGCCAAGAGUGUGGGGAAGGUUUUAUUGAAAGUUCAUCCCAUUCUAAAAAUGGAAGAAUCCACACAGGUGAAAGAUCCUAUAAAUGCCUUGAAUGCGGAAAAAGUUUAAGUUUGAAAUCAACCAUUAAUACACAUCAGAAAACUCUCACAGGAGAGAAACCCCAUAAAUGCUGGGACUAUGGGAAAAGCAUCAUUCAAGAACCUGUGGCAGUGGAUUGCCCAGUAUUACUCCAUGAGAGUUUCAUGGAGAUCUCUGAGGCAGAUUCUCAUGAAGUGUGGGAGUCCAUCAACACCGUUCUGCCGCUCUUCCUAGGCAUGUGGUGAUAAGCGCAUCGCACAGAUGCAAGGCAGCCUUCUGCAUAUCUCUCCCGCAAGCUCAGUGCACAGACACAAGACGGCCUUCUCCAGCCCUCCUCCCCUCCAACAACUCACUUCAGCGAUUCCCAAAAUCAAAACCACUUACCAGGGGCCUCCUGUCCUGUUUCCGCUUUGCCAAACUCCGACUGCUGUGACUGGCUAGCCUCCUCCUGGGUAGAGAAGAGCUCCUGGCUGCAUGCAUCUGUGAACACAAAGUCAUCCUCUGUCUCUGGGUCCCCCUCCCCCUCCAUAUCCCCAUCCACGAUUUCCUCCUUCUGGUUCAGUCCACUCUCAAUGGUCCCCUGAGCCACCGAAGUAUCCACGGUGGUUUCUGUGGUGGAGGUGGGGUCACCGCCGAGUAUCAUAUCCAGCUCUGUGUAGUACCGGCAGCUCGUGGGCACAGCAACGGAGCGGCAGUUUGCCUCCCGCUCCUUGAGGUAGGCGUUCCGCAGCUCCUUCACUUUGACCCUGCAUUCCAACGUGUCCCGGUCAUGGCCCCUUUCCAUCAUGAAGCGUGAUAUCUGUCCGAAGGUAUCAUAAUUCCUGCAGCUGGAGCGGAGCAGAGACUGGACAGUCUCCUCUCCCCAAAUGCCGAUGAGAUCCAGCAGCUCGGCAUUGCUCCAAGCGGGGGAUCACCUGGUGCGUGGAGUAGGCCUGGUCACUUGCAAAGAGGUGCUGAGACCUCUUUGCAUCACUGAGCAAACAGGAAGGAGACUUUCAAAAUUCCCAAGGAAUUUAGAGGUUGGGGCUGACGGUUGGUCACCUGAGGGCAGGACAGUAGAGUUCAAACCGAUGACCAGAGAGGCGAGAACAGGCGUUAUGGGACACCUCCCAGAGGCCAAUCGCAGCGCUGUAAUCGACCAGGGUGUCUACACUGGCACCGCGGCACUGUAGCCCUGGCGCAGAAAGCUGUACGCCUCUCAUCGGGGGUAGUUUUCAUACAGCGGUACAACAGCGCAGUUUCUGCACACAAAGUGGCUUGGCAGUGUGUGCACCUCCGGAGUUUCACCGCAGAAAGCUGUUUUAUUGUGCAGAAACUUGCUAGUGUAGACAGAGCCUCAGUGCUCACUUCAACAAAGGUCAGUUUCUUGCUCUUCUAGCUCUCUGUGCCCCACCCCCCAACCUCAAGAUUUUUGAUUACAUGCUGCCGGCAAUACUGCCUUGGCAGUGAUCAGUUCCUGUUUUCAGGCCUGGCUUCUCCAGCAAAGGCUCGAAGGACGUAAACAUAAAAAUGAACGUUCUAAUUUGUCUCUUUAGUUCACCUCCGACUCGGGGGGGGGGGGGGGGGCUGUGCUCAUUUGCUGCUUGGGCCUACAGCCUGGCUCCAUGCGCAUUCCCACACCUUGCCGUCUUUGUCUAUUUCCUUUUCUGUUAACCAUGCUAAAUUAGGGGGCUUUCCAUGGGUAGCGGAUAGAGAUUUAAGGUCUGAAUUCUCAGUGGCACAGUCCCGCCAAUCCCAAACCUUUAAAAAUCAUGAGUCAGGACCCCCAGAAUUACGUGAUUGCCUUUUAUGAGACAUAAAAAUAAUAAUAAAUGUUGAGUUCUUUCUAUUUGCAUUCUGGUUUCUCAGACCUUUAGGCUUCACUCGGAUCACAUUUUUAAGUUUUUCUCUGCAACCAAGAGAGCUAGCAACUUCCUUUGUUUAGGAAAUGAAAGCCAAGAGUCUCACCUCAUCACAUGCUUCCAGGAGCUGGGGCUUUAACAAACCCACCAAAUAUCAUAAGACUUAUUGUAAAAUCAUGAGUGUUGGUGACACUGUGGCCCCUUUACACUGAGCCAGAGCAGCGUUAGUGUAAAUGAGAAUCAGGCCUUUGAAACAUUGAUUCCAGCUAAACCAAGUUUUUGGCCAGUGGAUUUAAUAUGACUAGACUUGGAAGGGUUAGAUUAUAGCAGCAGAUGUCUGUAAUCAUUGAUUUCACUUUGCACACACAAACUGAUGAAAAAAAUUUCCAUUGACGAUCAUUUAAAUUUACAAAUAGGGACAGUAAGAAAAAUGCUGCAUGAGAACUUAUUAGAGUUUGAUUUAAGGAUGUUUACUUAGUAUAUUUUGACAUGUGAUGCUGACAAUUUGUGUUUUAAUGGUUACAAAGUUUUCACUUGUUGAAUCUUAGUAUCUACUGCCAUUAAAUAAUUAUUGCGUGACCAAAAUAUUGUCUGACCCCCCUCCCCAUAAAUUCCCACAAAUGUGAACAUUUAAAUUGAUAAAAACUGUGAAAGUUGAAAUAGAUAAAUAUAAAAAAAUACUUAAAAAUAAAUUGUAUCUGUCAAAAUGAUAUAUUAAAUCAAAUGAAUUCUGCCCAAGCCUAAAUAUCACUCGUUAGUUCUGCAAGCUCGUCAGGACAGGUGGAUGGAUUCUGAUGUCCAUGUGAAGCCCCAGUGACCCUCCACACCAGCACAGGGGGCUGAUUGCAGGACCAGAGCCCUAGAGGGGUACAUUUUUCAUGAAAGCCUCCAGGGCGGUAGUGUUACCAGUUGGGAGUUGGCUCUUUCCAAUUCAGCAAACAGAGUGAAUCAGUUCCAGGAAGGGAAACACCACCUUGCUGCUGCAGGCGGGGCAUUGUGUGAACUCAGGAAAUUGAAACUUACCCUGGUACUCUGCCCAGAGGGAGCCAUGGCUGCAGAGAACCCCAUGGAAAGUCUCCAGGAGGAAGCGACAUGUCCCAUCUGUCUGGAGUAUUUCACACACCCUGUCACUCUGGAGUGUGGGCACAAUUUCUGCCAAGCCUGCAUCAGCCAGUGCUGGGUGGGAUCCAACACAGCUGCCUCCUGCCCUCAGUGCAGAGAAACUGUGCAACAGAAAAACCUCAGGCCCAACAGGCAGCUGGCAAAUGUCGUAGAAAUCGCCAAACGGCUGAGUUUACAGGCAGCAAAAGGAGCAGGAGGGGACGGGGUGUGUGAGAGACACCAGGAGGCUCUGAAACUGUUCUGUGAAGAGGAUCAAACCCCCAUCUGUGUGAUCUGCAGAGAGUCCCGGGCUCACAGAGCUCACAGGGUGGUUCCCAUAGAGGAGGCUGCCCAGGAGUACAAGGAAAAAAUCCAGGCCCAAUUGAAGGCUCUGAGGGAAGAGCGAGAAAAGCUGCUGGGAUUGAAAGUGACUGGAAAGGGGAAAAGCCGGGAGUAUCUGAAACAAACACAAACCGAGAGGCAGAAGAUUGUGUCUGAAUUUCAGCAACUGCGGUGGUUCCUGGAGGAACAAGAGCGACUCCUGUUGUCCCAGCUGGAGAAGUUGGACAAGGAGAUUGUGAGGAUACAAAAUGAAAAUUUCAGUAAAUGCUCAGAAGAGAUUUCCCGCCUCAGUGAGCUGAUCAGUGAGAUGGAGGGGAAGUGUCAGAAGCCAACGAGUGAAUUCUUGCAAGAUGUCAGAAGCAUCUUGAGCAGGUGUGAGAAGGGGAAGUUCCAGCAGCCGGAGGAGAUUUCUCCUGACCUGGAAGAGCGAGUCAGUGGUUUCUCCCAGAAAACUAUUGCGCUAUCGGAGGCUCUAAGAAAGUUCAAAGACACUCUGCUGUCUGCACUGGAGACAAAAAGAGGGAAAUACCUACAAGCACACAGACAGGCGAAUGUGACUCUGGAUCCAGACACGGCUCAUCCCCAACUUGUCCUGUCUGAGGAUCGGAAAAGUGUGAGAUGGGGAGACACACGGCAGGAUCUGCCCGACAACCCUGAGAGAUUUGACACUGAGCCCUGGGUGCUGGGCUGUGAGGGAUUCACCUCAGGGAGACAUUGCUGGGAGGUGGAGGUGGAGGGUGGGCGAUACUGGGCUGUGGGGGUGGCCAGAGAGACUGUGGGGAAAAAGGGACGGAUCAGCCAUGGCCAUGAGGGGGGGAUCUGGGCUGUGGAGCAGUGGCUGUGUCAGUUCCGGGUUCUUACCUCCCCUGUGACCCCCCUGCCCCUGAGCUGGGCCCCCAGCAGGAUCCGGGUUUGUCUGGACUGUGACCGGGGCCAGGUGACAUUUAUUGAUGCUGGUGACGAGGCCCCGAUCUUCACUUUCCCGCCGGGCUCCGUCCCUGGGGAGAGAAUCCGCCCCUGCCUCCGGGUGUGGAGAUCCCGGCUUAGACUGUGUCCCUGAGACACCCGGGGGCAGGGGGAAUAUUCCACUGGGGACCCUGAGAUCAGCCUCUCUAGCCUCACACACCCUAGUCUCUAUGACCCUGGAGGUUGCUUCUGACCUCAACUCUGUGCAGCCUCCGGACUGUCAAACCAUAGAGAGCAGAGAGUGAGCGGGGUAGAGAAGCCAAACUUAUCACUGCCCCAGGGACUGUGCAGCCUGUUUGUCACUGUCCUCUAUGAUCUAGGAGGACUCUGGGGAUCCUGGGUCAGACAGUGCCACUGAGGGGGGAAGGGGGGUGAACAGGCCACUGGGAAUGAAACAAUGGGCUUUUCUAGCCACAGUCACCCUAGCCCCUGUCGCCUGGAGGACUCCUGUCUUCCCAGCCAUCUGGCCUCUUAGCUCAGUGACCCCUGGAAGCUCUUCCCCCAUCCCUCUGUGCAGAAUCAGGGAUGAGACGGGGAGGGGGAAGUACCCUGGAGCUGCAGGAGGAGCAGAGGCGCCCUGAGGGGCAGAUGUGGGGGCUGCAGGGGCAGAACUGAGGGAGGGGCUGGGGGCAGAAGUGAUGUGGGGUUGGGGGUAGAAUUGACAGCUGGGCUGGGGACAGGCAGAUGUGGGGAUGGCAGGGACACAGAGUUAAUUGGUGUUUGGGGAGAAGCUGGAGACUCCGCACCAGCAGGGAUACUAGCAGAGGGAGAGUCAGGGACUGGGGAGUGUGCAUUCAUCCCAGUAUCCAGUAGAAAUGAAUGGCUAGCAUAGACACAUCCUACACUGAUAGAGAGGCAGUAGUUAGGGCAACAAAGAAUUCUUCCCUUGACCUAUCUGCGUCUAUAUUGGGGUUAGAUGGACCUAACUACAUCACACAGGGUGUGACAUUUUUCACAGCUCUGGGUGAUGUAGCUAGACUGACCUAAGGUUUGGGUGUGGACUAGGCCUCAGGAUGAAUUAUGGUGUGUCUACCCUACAGUGGCUAGAGUGGCACAGCUACAAUGCUACAGCUGUGUGCCUGAAGUGCCCUAGUGUAGAUGCUUCCUACAUUGACAGAAGUGUUUUUUCCAUCGCUCUAGUUAAUCCCACUUUCUGCGAGGCCACAGCCCGGUCAGCAGUGGAAUUCCAUUGUCUGCACCAGGGGUUAGGUUGAUCUAGCCGUGGCACUCGGAGCACACAAUGUUUCCCAGCCCUGAAUAAAGUCACCAGGUUGAAUGUAGAGCAGGCAGCCUUGUGUGCGUGAGGCAGAAAGCCAAGAGAAGCAGUCGGGAGUGUGAUCCCGGGAGGAAACGGAGAGACAGAGCUUGCUUCAGGCACAGGGUUCCCUAGAAACGCAGACGUGGAGUUCUGAGUAAGGAAACUGCGGGCUGCUGUUUGUUUGUACCGGGCACAGGCAUGUGUGGACAUUGUUUGUAAAUAAUAAAGAUUGCACCAAAGAAA